ACAUAGUGUUAGCUAAUCAAAGGAAAUAAGGAUCACUAGAAAAGUAGAUAGAUUCCAUCAUUCUUAUUGGCUAGAUAGAAGUCUUUAAAUUGCUAUUUGUGUAUCAUUGUUAUUCUAUUCAUUAAUCUAUUUUUAAUAGACCUAUUUGACUGUUUUCAUAUGUUCUUCAAGUAGGUAGUUGAGUAAUUUAGUUGAAUUUCUCACGUGUACCAACCUCACCAAACCCAUCAUGAUAGUGAUUGACGAAAGUAAAUGAAUUUAAUGCAGAUAAGUUUGAUAUGAGUUCCGUUUAAAUUUGAUUUGAUUUUUCGAUCAAAUAUUGUUUUAAAUAUGAAAAGUCCAAAAUAUUAACUCGUUUUGUUGUGUAUAUGUGAUAUAUCAACCCCGAUUGUGCCAUGCAGCCAAACAAACAUGUUACCGGUUCUAGGUCGGUUUCUUGAUUUCGUUUGGUUCAUUUGGAUAGAACAUAAGUAUGAUAAAGACAUGGUAGGUGAGUUUUGUUUGAUUUAUUAAAAAAUUAGGUAUAAAAAUAACUCUUAGAACAUAAAACAAAAAGAAGGAAAUUCAUAUGAAGACGAAACCAUCCGAAAAAGCAGCAGUAAGUUAGUAACUUAGUUUAUCACACAAGAAGCAUUGGACUCUUUUUAUUUUGCUUCAAAUAUACAAAUGUAACCUCUUAACGGUACUACUAGAAAAAGAUGGGACUCCACCCAGUCUCAGAGGCUAAUACCUCAAGCCCCUUUGGCUCUCUAUCCGCUGCAGAAUUCUACUCCCGCCAUUCCGUCGCCCACUCCUCCGCCUACGUCACCAACCCUACCGGCCUUAAACUCUUCACCCAAUGGUGGACUCCACUCAACCGUCCACCACUCGGCCUCAUUGCUGUCGUCCACGGCUUCACUGGCGAAUCCAGCUGGUUCCUUCAACUAACCUCCGUCCUAUUUGCCAAAUCCGGUUACCUCACUUGUGCCAUCGACCACCAAGGCCACGGCUUCUCAGAUGGUUUAACCGCUCACAUCCCAAAUAUCAACCUAAUCGUUGACGACUGCAUUUCCCUCUUCGAUGACUUCCGUAACCGUCACUCAACCUCCUCCUCUCUCCCUUCCUUCCUCUACUCCGAGUCUCUAGGCGGCGCUAUCGCUCUCUACAUUACCCUCCGUCAAAAACACCAAUGGAACGGUCUUAUACUCAGCGGUGGAAUGUGUUCCAUUAGCCACAAAUUCAAACCUCCGUGGCCGUUACAACACCUCUUAACCCUAGCUGCUACACUCAUCCCCACCUGGCGUGUCGUCCCCACUCGCGGCUCCAUCGCUGGCGUCUCUUUCAAGGAGCCCUGGAAGCGGAAACUCGCCUUCGCUAACCCUAACAGAACCGUAGGUCGACCACGAGCCGCCACGGCCUACGAGCUCGUACGAGUCUGCGAGGAACUUCAAAGCAGGUUUGAAGAAGUUGAAGUCCCGUUAAUGAUCGUACACGGGGGAGACGACGUAGUCUGCGAUCCGGCAUCUGUGGAGGAGCUUUACCGGAGAUGCAGUAGCAAAGACAAGACGAUUAAGGUUUAUCCAGGGAUGUGGCAUCAGCUGAUUGGAGAGUCGGAAGAGAACGUCGACUUGGUUUUCAGAGAUGUUUUGGAUUGGAUUAAGGAACGAUCUGAAGUCUCCACCAUUGAAACUGGUAGCAAAGCUUAAAAUCUCCGGCUAAAAUGUAGACGAUCUUAGUUUUCAUAUAUGUAUACUUAUAAAAUAAAAUAAAUAAUCAAAAUUUUUAUAUUAGUAAACAAA